GCGAACAGCUGUAACAAAUGUCAGUUAAAACCAUUAUCAAACACAAACUAUUCAUGUACAAACGAAUAAGUAAGUAGCACCCAUUUAUACACCUUCCACACUUGUCCACGAUAAGUGAUCGCCGUCGCGAUCAAUACUGGACAUCCUUCGAGCCAACAUUUGAAACCGCAACAACAUGGAAUGUCAGGGCAAAAACCCUGAUAAGGUCCCCACAACUGACGAUGAAAAGACCUUAAUAAACUCACCCAUGCCAACGGCAACGCCAUCGAUCGAUGACCUCAGCAGUGACGAAGAACUAUUCGAAUUCAUUCGGGAAGCUCCCAUAGGUGAUAGAAACGAGCCGACAGCCAGUGUCAGUGAACAAACCAUAACAAUGAGCGAAAGCGAGGAGCCAACGGCAAGCUCCUCAUUCACCCUUCCCUCAGUCGAUGUCCCAAGCAACGAGGUCAACAACAGCUUGGUGGCUGUAGUCCAGCGCAGCGAGUUCGCUAAACUCUUGAUGCGCCUGGGCGAAGAGGGUGACGGCGAUGCGAACCAGAUUGUGAUAGAGCUCCUCAACUCAAAGAAACAAGCGGCGAAGGCCACAUCGGUAAUCGAGCGCGUAUCAGAGAACCUUAUGCUCGUCCUACGCACCCAAACCCUAGCCGAAGCCGGCAUUAUAACGGGAAACGAGCGCUAUCGUUCUUUCAAGUCUGUCCUUCAGAAUUAUGCCAAGCUUUACGCGGCUAAACGAUUCAUCGAGAAACUUCCAAUGCUGGGACUUUCUCCACAGUCGAGCCAGGACCACGGCCAGGAUCAGAAUGAGAACGAGAAGACACUGGCCCGCAUGGUGGCCGAUGAGGUACUCCAGAUACCCGAACUGCUGCGCCAGCUAUGGGCCUCCCUUGAGAAAAUGGAGUUCUUCAACGAAGACACUGCCUACAAAGUUUACUUGGAAGCUCGGCGCCAUCCACAGGCGAAAAUUCUCCGUGAACUGAUGUUAACCCGCAUAUCGCGUGUAUACCUCUGCAUUGUCAGCUCUGCAUCCUUUCUCGACUUUAGUGAGCACGAACUAAUUCACGUGCUCAACAACUGCUACCUCAGUGUCAACUCCGAGAUAGAAAUAUUUCUCUCGGUCAUACUCUGGCUGGAACACAAUUGGUACGAGCGUAAGAACUGCGCUGAGCGGGUCUUGAGUGGGGUCCGGUUCGGCUUGAUGCCCACCUGGUACCUUUAUACUCUGGAUAGAACAAAUCGUUGCAAUCACUUUGCCAAAGUCAUAUACAGUAAGGGCGUGCAAACUCUUUUGGAAAAGGGUCUCGAGGAGGCCUUGGCGAUGCGUUAUAAAAGUGCUAGGGCUGCCAGCUCCAGAAAUGUGGAGGUUCCUUUGCCUCGGGACUGGGUCGCUGACCCGGAGUGUCGCCAUCAUCAUAAGUGUCAUUGCGAGCGAUUUAUUUAUCCAACAUAUGACGUAUUCAAGGACUACCUCGCUAGAAUCAUACGAUGUGCCCCAAAUUACUGGCGCACACUUCGACCUGCACAGGAGGUUUACCGGAUGAUACUCAAAUGUUGUGCGCCUCCCUGCCAGACACAUCAACGAAUUUAGGCAUACCGUUGACAUCAGUUGUCUCAUCUCUCUACACUAAUUGUAAUCACUCCAAAAUUUAUUGUU